GAUGGCAGCUGCGCGGCCUCAGCGAGGCGGGGCGAGGUGGAGCGAGGCGGGAGACCGAGGUCGGAGGGCGGGAUGCUGCGGGCCGCGCUGGGGCGCGUUGGGCCGCUGCUAAGCCGCACGAGGCCCCGGGGGCCCGGACUGAGGUGGCUGUGGGGACCCGGGGCAGGCCCAGGGGCCGCGGGGAGAAGGCGGGCCGGGGUGUGGGGCUGGCGGCGCUUGAGCUCGGCUCCGGGGCCCGGGGCCGCGCACUACCAGCUUGUCUACACUUGCAAGGUCUGUGGGACUCGGUCCUCCAAGCGCAUCUCCAAGCUGGCCUAUCACCAGGGCGUGGUCAUCGUGACCUGCCCCGGCUGCCAGAAUCACCACAUCAUCGCCGACAACCUGGGCUGGUUCUCGGACCUGGAUGGGAAGAGGAAUAUCGAAGAGAUCCUGGCGGCCAAAGGGGAGAAGGUGUGCCGAGUGGCUGGCGAUGGGGCCCUAGAGCUGGUUUUAGAGGCUGCAGGGAACCCCAAAUCCACCUCUGCUUCAGAAGCGAGUGAGGACCAGGAUCCCACUCACCCUGGCAAGACGGAGCCUAGCUGACCCUGCCUCUGCCUUCAAGAAGAUGCUUCAGCCCUGGGCUCUUCCGGACUUGCCUGUUUUCUGUCAAUAAACAAACAUCACUCGGA